AUGGAAAAGACAGGUCGAGAGUAUCUUCGAGCAGAACUGAAAGCGAAAGGACAAGCGGAUACUGUAGAGGAUAUGCUUCGAGUUGGAUUUCACUGGCCACCACUGGUCACCGUUAACCACCUACACAUGCAUAUCAUCUACCCUAUCAGCGAGCUCGGCUUCUUCUCACGUCAUUUAACGUUCCGUCCAGGAAAAGUGUUUCGACCAACGAGUGAAGUUAUUGAAGAAUUGAGGAAAGACGCUAAUAUCCCUGACCCACUUCGAGAAAAUCCUGCAAAAGACGAUGAACCGGAAGCACUGCCAGCACAUGCUGUCGCCAACUGA